CCUCGUUUUCUGUCCCAUCGCCACCGCCAUUCCUCAAAGUCCCCCUUUCCCUCCUCCUUGCUUGUAAACCAAAUAAGCAAAGCAUCUCCAGUUGAAGUCUCUUGCCCGGGUCCGAAACCCCUACGGCGUUCCCGAUCACAUCUCUCCAUCCUAAGGAGACGGUGAGAAGAGAAGGCUCACAUCCGUCCCCGCUGUCGCACGCACGAGUCGGAACGACUGAAACGAAACGGACACGCGCGCUCAACGCACACGCACACUCAAACUCAACCCGCUCACCGCACUGCAUCUUCGACCUGGCGUCGACAUAAUCUGGCCUCCCCUCCUGCUUUAUCACCCACUUACUACCUCACAGAGCAGAGUAUCUUUCUCAACCUUUGUUGCGACCUCGUCCACGUUGCCUCAGUCUGGGCUGUCGUUGCGCUUUUCCGCCACAACCCGGCUUCUCGACCCCGCCAGCCCGUUCUCGGCACCCCACCUUAUCGCAGGAAGCCGCUUUUUUCGUGCCUGGGCAUUUCUUGGAGCAGCGAGUAGACAAAGAGACCGUCGUCGUCAUCAUCGUCCAAACCAACCCACGACCGACCGACCGACCGACCGACCGACCAACUAACCGUUCGAUUGUUCUCGCUACCGAACGACCUCCUCAACUAUGGCUGCCGCAGCUGCGCACGAUACGCCCGAGGAGCCGCAGAGCGAUGGCUCCAAGCUCAAGACCUUUAUCGGUAUCCUGAAGAAGUUCAUUGGUGUCGCUGACCUCGCCGCCGUGCGCUUCUCUCUGCCAUCACAAUUGCUCGAGCCGACGCCGAACCUCGAAUACUGGAACUACCUCGAUGCCCCCAACGCCUUCGUCGCCAUUGGCACCUCGGACGAGCCUCUCGACCGCAUGCUCGAGGUCUGCCGCUUCUGGUUCACAAAGGAUCUGAAGUAUGUCAAGGGCAAGCCGUGCAAGCCAUACAACUCGUGCCUGGGAGAGUUCUUUAGGUGCAAUUGGGAGACCGAGGACAAUGCUCCCAAGAUCAACACCACGGCCCUCAAGGGCGCCGGCAGCGGCACGGCCAGCAGCUCGUCCAGCUUCAAGUCUGCCAAGGGUGACAAGAACGCAUCGGUCGCUUCGUUAUCCGUCCCACAACACGGAACCUCGACCCCCGAUAGCAAGCUCCUCCGCAUCUCGUACCUCACCGAGCAGACCUCCCACCACCCGCCCGUCAGCGCCUUCCAUAUCAGCUGUCCCGAGAAGGGCCUCUCCGCCCGCGGCUAUGACCAGAUCACGGCCAAGUUCACCGGCACCAGCGUCCGCGUGCUGCCCGGCGAGCACAACCUCGGCAUCUUCGUCACGCUCGAGAAGCGCGGCGGCGAGACGUAUCGUCUGACCCACCCCGCCGCUCACCUCGGCGGUAUCCUUAGGGGAAGCCUGAGCGUCAGCGUCAGCGAGAUGGCGUACAUCACGUGUCCGCAGACUAAGCUUAAGACAAUUCUGCACUAUGUCGAGGCUGGCUGGCUCGGCCGCUCCACGAACCGCGUCGAGGGCAUCAUCUUCAAAUACGACCCUGAGAACGACGACAAGGUGAACAUCAAGGACGUGCCCGAGGCCGACAUCGUCGCCCGCCUCAGCGGCCCUUGGCGCGAGAAGAUUGAGUUCACGCUCGGUCCCAAGCCAGUUAACUCGCACCCACCUGAGGCGCGCUAUACCAUCAUCGACCUCAAUCCUCUCAAUGUUGCGCCCAAGGUCCUACCCCCGAAAGAGAAGCAGCUCGAGAACGAGUCCCUGACGAUGUGGGGCGGUGUCACCGAGGCCAUCCACUCGAAGCAGUUCUCCAGGGCUACGCAGGUCAAGGUCGAGCUCGAGGAGCGGCAGCGUGAGCUGGCGCGCGAGCGCGAGCGCACCGGCGAGGUCUUCAAACCAGUGUUUUUCGAGCAGGUGACGGAUCAAGGCGGCAAGCCCGAGCUGACGGAGAAGGGCCGCGAGGUGCUCGCGCGGGCGCAGAAGGCCGACUGGGACAUGAGCGGCAUCGUAUGAGACUCACAUCUGUCGGACAGAUGUGUCAAGUUUAGUUCAAGGAAUCACACGUGAGAGAUGUCGAGCUGGGACUAGAAGGGCAUACAUUCAGCGCUGGAGCUGCUGCAUCAGGCUUUUCCUUUCUCUCUUUUCUUCCAUACCUUCUUCCUUCUCUUCUUGGUCUUCGUUGGGUUUCGGGACUUGGAGAGAUCACGGUCCCUGGUCUUGAUUUUGGUUUUCACUCUGACUCGACGGCCUAUGGCAUGACGCCGAAAUUGGUUUACAAUAUUUGAAGAGGGUGUGUGCAUUGCCUUUUUUCCCCCAUCUUUUAUCAUUGCCCCUUGGUUGAAGGACCCCCACCUAUCUUCCGCGUGCCGAUUAGAUGGGGCCAUCCUCAACGGUUUGGGGGUUGCUGGGUCGCAUUGCGCGGAAGAUUAUUGGAGUUAACUGAGAGUUGGAGAGAAAGAACGUAUCGUUCGCUUCAGUGUGGCCCCUCGCCCAGACGAGAGGGGUUUGGGGGUGUCGACAAAGGUUAUAUACAUACACAAACACACAAGCCUUCCGAGGAAGGUUAGGCGUCGGGAACAUUUUAGAUGGGGCUUUCUUUAUUAAUAUAUUCCAUCAACGCU